AUGUCGACCGCCACUGCUACCUCUGUCGAAGUUGACUACUACACGUUGCUGCUGACUGGCAGGCUGCGUAGCGACCUCGACGAGCCACCGAAUGAGCAAGAACCUUUCAGCAACGGCUUUCAACAGGAAGAAAACACGUCGCAGACGUACCAUGACAUACGUCAGCUCCGACAGGCGGUCAACGAUAUCAACAGUGUCUUCCAGAGAGUCAGAAACGACCUGGAGGGCUUCGACCAGAGUGGGUUCCCCACCCAGGACGGACACCCGAUGGUUACCUAUCACUGGACCCAGGUUCGCCACGAUCUCUUCAGGCAGACCAUGCAGCAGAGCUACAACAACGCGGUAGCCGCUUCGGAAUUCAUGAGCCGUUACUGCAGGCUUCUGCCAGACUCGGGUAACGAUAUCAACGUCGACGAUGUACCAAACUUGGCGAUCGAGCUCGGAUCGUUUCUGCAGGAACUCAAAGCGAAGGAAGACGUCUCUUACGGGACGCAGAACAGCUUCAAGACGCUCGCGGAGCAUGUCCGUUUCUAUGCGGCCGUUUUUGCGGACCAUCUACAAAGAGCCUGUGGACAAGUCGCGGCUGAGCUCACCAACACUCGGGCCCAUCUGGCCGAUCUUCAGCACCGUCUCAAUGUGACCCAUGCUAAGAUAGAAGAAUGGAAGAGCGACCGCGAUGCUGCUACGGCUGCUAUGGCAUUCACCGGUGUAGCCUUCUUCAUCAUUCCAUUUGUCGGCGCGGCAAUGACGGGGGGGGCCAUACAUGCCAGGAAUCUGGCGUUGGAACGCCUCGACAACUCCAGGAGACAGGCAUCUUCUCUGGAGAGAGAGAUCAACGAAUGCAUGCAUCAUCUGGACCCGCUGCAGGACAAAGAGCGACUCCUCAAUCAUUACCAACAAUCGCGUAACGCCACCGAGGCCGAGAUCGCCGCCCUGGCGGACAAGAUUGAGAUCAUCUCGAACAUCUGGCAAUGCCUCAAGGCUGACAUGCAGAAGCUGCACGAAGAAUUGCGGCUAGCCCUUGGGAUCAAGACUAUCCCGCGUCGGUUUGUGGUGAGGCUGCGGAAUGCGCGUAAGGUAUACUCGAACCUCGCUGUGCUCCUCGAGGAGUACGCGAAGCAGUCGUAG